AAAUCUUACCUCGAGCAAGCGCGUUCCCAUCUCUCAGCUCCCCCAACUAUGGUUACGUGUGCGCUCCCGCUACUAAGCGACAAGAUGGCGGUCGCCGCCGGAUCAGGUAAACUAUUCAGAUAAAUAAACGACUACCACAUUACUUAUGCCGUGUAACAUUCAAGAAACGUUUGUUGAUAAAGUGUACAAGCGUUCCAUGUUACAAUAUACCUUACAGAAAUGCUGAAGUACUGCUUAUUGUACCAAAACAUUGCUAUACAUAGCUACUAGCUAGCGCCUGCUAUCUGACAAUAUUUUUUGUCUCGUAAGUUCCAUUGCCAUAGUGAAUUGAAGCUAACAGGACAUGUCAAAUUCCGUUGGAACCUCUCCAUGCAUAGUUACCCAUAUAUUUAACUCCGUUAACGUGGCAACAUAACUCGCCAACCUGUGUCGACUGAUCAAUUGCCGCGUCAUUCAUCAGGCGUUAUUUUUAGCCUGUUAACUAGCUAACGUUUGCUAACCACUCUAGCUCGUAUCGCAAACUAGCUAGCUAGCUGCUCACGUUAGCUUCCACAUCCAGAACGUCAUUAGUAAGAAAGCUACAAUCUAGUUAAUUAUUAGCUAGUCGCAGGAGGAGGUCGAAACCGGCUGACUUGUCUGAGGUUGUUAGCUAACUAUAUAUAAACGGUUUCAGCACACGUUAGCUAGCUAGUAACUAGCUAUUUGUUGUUAACUGCUUUGCUAGUGUAGCUAGCUAACUAGCUUGAACGACACGAUUUGACAGUGAUUUCGUGAGGUAACUUUAGCUAACUUGUCAGUCACAUUAACUUGACUUGUAGUAGUUAGCUAGCUAUCUUAAGUUACGUUGGAAAUAUGGCUAUAUUACUAUAUAUAUAUAUAUAUAUAUAUAUGAGUAAUAUAGCCAUAUCACUGACAAAUCGUGUUGUUCCAGCUAGUUAGCUAGCUACACUAGUACCAGUUAACAACAAAUAGCUAGUUACUACGCUAGCUAAAGUGUGCUGUAACCUUUCAUAUAUAGUUAGCUAACUAUAUAUAUAUAUAAUGCUUUCUAGUUAAUAAUGAUGCUAUCAAUCAGCUAGCUAACGUUAGCUCACUCAUCUGAAUUUAGGCCAAGGCCAGACCCGUUUUGACCUAAGAACUGAAAUGGCUAGCUAACGUUAGCAAUAAUUAGCUACCCACACAUUUCUGCAGAUUGCUUUACAGGCCAGUAACGUUACAAAUUCAAUUAGCUAGCUAAAUAUACACUCCUAGUUAAUAAUCAAUGAACAACUACUCAAAAUAGUCAGGGGUUUUAUUUUACUAACUAACUUUGAUUGGGUAGUGAUAGUGGGGUAAUUGUUGCAAAGUGGUCUCUAAGGCUUACACAAAUAAAUGUUACACAGAUCUAAUUAGCUUAAUUAUACAGUAACAGUGCGUUUUUAUUACCAAAAACAAUAUAAGCAGCAAUGCUGUAAUUGGUAAAUAAAGGUAAAUGCCACACUACCAGAUAGCCCUGUGUAGCUCAGUUGGUAGUGCAUGGUGCUUGCAAUGCCAGGGUUGUGGGUUCGAUUCCCACGGGGGGCCAGUAUAGGAGGGGGGGGGGGGGGGGGGAAUGUAUGCACUCACUAACUGUAAGUCGCUCUGGAUAAGAGUAUCUGCUAAAUGACUAAAAUGUAAUAGCCAUGACUGGGAAUUUAGCAGAUCAUUUCUAGAACCUCAGUGUCAAUGGGUCUACCCACUAAAUCUGCCCUGAGUUAUUGCUCACCUCUGCACCCAAUAAUAUAAAAAUGACAACAUUUAGCGGGUACAGCUCAUCAAGGAGCCACAAGUAACCCCCCAAUCACUUUGUGAUGUACUGUUACCCCGUGGUAUACUCUAGUGAUGGGGAACCAAGGCUUUCUGAAGUCUUUGGGGCUUUCACCAAAUUGUGCUGAAAAACAGUUCAUUAUUCUGAGCUUUUAACACAAUGCACAUUAGUGACAGCUGCUGGUCAGCAAUGAAAAGCAGCGUUUGAUGUUAAAUAUGUUUUUUUGAAAAUCCACAUGAUUUACUUACUAUUUAUUCCUAUUCAAUUAUCAACGAAAUAGGCUAAUAAAUAGCCUAAUUCAUGUCUGGCUACUACUGCCUGCAUUUAUUCCAGACACAGAUUUAGAUGAAGGUAGGCAAAUUCUUUUGCCCCAUAUAUUGUUUCGCUUUCGAGAGGCGCACAACUUUUCGCUCCCGACACUUAUGCCACAACAUUUGUACAAUCAAAAUAAACUAUUUAAAAAAUAUUUUCUGAUGAUUGGUCGCUCGGUGAACUUGCAUGGGCGAGAAUAAAUAAUAACAAGCAAGCAUGGGCUUGGAUCACAACAUAAGACGUCGUCAGCAAUGGAACAAUUAUACGGACAGACAAAGUUGGCCUACUAAACAAUGCCAAGUAGACAGACGACAACAACCAUAUGGCCUCAGCAAAGUCGACAGGAAAUACCUAGAUUGAACAACAAUGACUAGCUACGGAUUCUGAUUCAUACACAAUUUUUGGAGAAGGGGAGACUUGUUCCCUGAGACUGUGAGUAAGUGAAACAGAGCCGGGCGCGUGUGUCUGUCUGAGGAAAUGUGAGCAGAGGAAGAGCGGCUUGUUCUAAUCCAAUUCAAUUGUUCCAGCAGGCUCAACCGAUACCUCGCCCAUUUCUUUAUAUACAGAAGAACUAUCCAAUAGUUGUUUAGAGCGCACAUCGCUUCACACUGUUUGAGUGAAAGAGAGAUGCGUGCUGCCAGCUGAAAAUCAUUUUUUUCAGAUCACGGAUAAUGACAAAAAAUACUCCUGUCAUAUCUCCAUAUCCGUUAAGAUACUCGUUUUGUGCGAGUAGGCUUCUAUUUUAUGCUUUAGAGGGGGAUGGGCAGGUUGCCUACACACCAGGGUUUCCGUUAGCCGGUAGCCAAUUUUGUCGGCAUUUGGCCCCAAAAUUAAAUAAACAAUAAUAAUAAUAAUAAUAAUAAUAAUAAAAGAUACAAUUGUAGCCGUCCAAAUUGUCCAGGAGAGGCUGUCUAUCAUAGCCUGCACUCCAAAUUCGCGCUUCAGCACCAUUCUCACACUCCUUGCGCACACGUGUGCCUGCUGCUGAGGAGAGAGUGAGAGAAGAGCCUUGGCCUAGGCUACUGUUGAUUGCGAAGAUGGAGGCCUUUUUUCAUUGAAGCAAAAUGAAAUUUAGAGGAAAAAGAGGAAUGUCCUCCGUUUUAAUUGCUCUGCCAUUUCCUGGUUGCUAAAAUUCUAAUAGUUUGCGUAAGUUUGUGACAAAACAAACAAGUAUAGUGUAGAGAAUCAUUGUACCAUCUAAACUGCUGUGAAAUAUAUUUUCCAUAACGAAAAAGGUUGUAUUUUCAGCUGUUUGAAGGUGGUGUACAAAACCGAAAGUAAAAGACCCAAAAACAAAACGUAAGAACGGGAAGCAUAGAAAUAGCGCACAUAGAACAGAUCUACCGCUUCUUAGACUUGCUUUCAAUGAGAAUGACAGAUCUAUAACUCACAUUUCUGUGAAUUUGGUCAGGUCACCCCAAAAGUUACAUAUUGCAGCUUUAAGCUUUAGCUACUGCAUGCCUUUGAUAUGAAGGCAGUGCCAGCGGCUCUCCAACUGACUACGACAUUUGAACUUGAGGUGAAGAAGGGGGUUUUAGGCCUACCAGAGUUAAUCCUAUAAUCGAACAAUAUAAUGCUUAUCUUUAUACAAAAUAUUCUGAUAGAAAAUUAACGAAUUGGCCUCCUUCUGUAAGCCUUUAUCUGUAUAGCAGACGCAGUACCCAUUUGACAUAAAGAAAUGCAUGUUGGUGUCGUAGCAUGCCGCCGGCAUAUCUCUCUCUAUCUCUCUCUAUGGGGCUAGGCCUAUAUUAGGAAGGUGUUCCUGAUGUUUGGUAUACUCAGUGAACCAUAACGGGGUGUGUACUGUUUGUUUUGUCUUGUGUGGUAUUUCAAUCAUUUCUGUUUUCUGUGCUUGUUUGUCUCUCACACCAAUAGGCGUUAAGGUUCCUCGUAACUUCCGGCUGCUUGAAGAGCUGGAAGAAGGUCAGAAAGGUGUGGGGGAUGGGACAGUGAGCUGGGGAUUGGAAGAUGAUGAGGACAUGACCUUAACAAGAUGGAGAGGGAUGAUCAUUGGCCCUCCUAGGGUGAGUUGGCUACUCUGAUUCACAGGCAUUCACCAAGUUCGACUCCCUGGCCUUGUCCAGAAACAACCCAUAGUGCCGACCCCACUAGGCACUUGCGGCGAUCUGAGAGGAUUGGACAGGUGUAAGCAAUAUGGAAAAAAUUCCACUAUGGCCUAUCAAAGAGCAAGGUGGAGCUAUAACCAUAAUGCUGAAAUCUGUCCCAUCCAUUCAGAUCUUCACAAGCGUCUAGGGGGUAGGGACUAGAGUUUGUUCCUGGAUGGGGCCACUGUUUACUAUGUAGACAUUCUGUAUAACCUGCUAUCAGGAACCUUUGUCUGGCCUUCCAUUCUCACUGAUGUCUUUGUAUGUCAUUUUUCAGACAAUCUAUGAAAACAGGAUGUACAGUCUGAAGGUUGAAUGUGGGCCCAGAUAUCCAGAGGCACCACCAUUUGUCAGAUUUGUGACUAAGAUCAACUUGAAUGGUGUGCACAACUCCAAUGGCGUGGUAAGUAAACCUGUUUGGCUGGUCUUAUUGCAGUCUCAUAAAAUGCUGUAAAUCCUGCAAAAUGUGUCAAUCUGUGAAGGAAGAUGUUGGAAAAUGUCUCCUUUUCUGUUGUAGAUCUUUUUUGAUGUAUGUUUGAAGAUUUGAUUAUAUUAAUUGAAGUGAAUGACUGAUUAAAUUGCCCCUGGCUGCUAUAAUAAGAUAGAGGUCAGUGCAGGGCUAACAUGCAGUUGGAUGACUGGUACACACACAUGAUAACAUACACACUAUACACACGUACACAUGGGAUUUGUGUUGUAGAUAUGUGGUAGUAGAGUAGUGGCCUGAGGGCACACACUUAAUGUGUUGUGAAAUGUAAUGUUUUUAAUUAUAUAUGUAUUUGCCUCAAUGUUGCUGGACCCUAGGAAGAGUAACUGCUGCGUUGGCAUCAGCUAAUGGGGAUCCAUAAUAAAUACAAAUGCCUACUAAGUUUAGGUCAAAUUACAGACAGGAAAUGUCACAUGCAAUAAGAGCCCAUUGCCAUUUCAGAUGACACUUUGCUUGAACAUACUAAAUAUAGUUAUGCAUGAUCGUAUAUUCCAGAGGUUGCAUUGAAGUAGACUUAUCUGCAUUUUAUAUCCAUAAAAAAAACGAUCUCUUUCUGCCAUGUUAUGUAGCUAAUACUUUUUUUAUAUAGUGUCAUUUGAUCACAACUAAUCAGUGCUUCAGCCAACUAAAAUAUUCCUACAAAAUAUACAGAGAUGUGAUUGAGGUGUGAUGUAAUCUUUCUCUCCUUGUUCCCUGUCCUGCAGGUUGACACACGAGCAGUGUCUGCGCUGGCCAAGUGGCAGAACUCCUACAGCAUCCGUGUGGUCCUGCAGGAGCUCAGACGACUCAUGAUGUGCAAGGAGAACAUGAAACUCCCCCAGCCACCAGAGGGCCAAAUCUACACCAACUGAACCCACGUUACUACUCACCUCCUUUUUCCCCUCUUUUGUUUGCAGUCAUCCGUUCACCCCAUCUACCACUUCCCUCCUUUUUUCAUUCAGUUGCCUGCCAACACUCAAGUGUACACACACACAGAGAGAGAUAUAGGGACAUACAUGUAUGUACGUGUACAUAAACACAUACACAUAGGAACGUACAUGUGUUCGAACACACAAUCAAUCACUUCUGUAUGCGCCAUUCUCAGGCCCCUCCCCCUCUUCCAUCACUGGAGCUCUGGUUGGCCUAAAGAAGACUAGGCAGGCGGAGUCAUCGGUCCACACCAGACCUGAUCAUUAGAAUACUGUACAUCUUACUAAUCUUUUUUUUUAUUAUUAUUUGUUAUAAAUGCAGAUUGUACAAUAACAUAAAUAAUCUUAUUGAGUGUACAUUUUGUGUGCUGCCUUUUUGUAAUGGAGAAAGAACCCCAGCCUGUCAACAGUUUCCUGACUUGUUUAUAAUUAUAAUCCACCGAUUAAGAGAGUAUUUGUGGAUGUUGUUCAGUGCAAGAUAUAAAUUAGAUACAUUUUUCUUAUCAGGUUCUAAACAUAAAGAUCAACCAGUCAAUUACCUUACCUCCCCAUUGAUUUAGAGAGCUUGACCCAACAAAUAUGUUAAAAUAUUUAGUGUUUUUCUUGGCUUUGUGUAUCUUGUAUAGCAAUUUAUUUACGAGCUCCACUGGAAAUGCAUGUGACUGCAGCAGUUUAUGGCAAGAUGCCUGAAGUAGUAAGCCCUUCAUGCUGUCACUGUGGUCAACACUCUCAUGGCCAUGACAAAGGCAACCACUGAUAUUUAGCCUCCUAUACCCAGUAAUGUUUAAGUUCAUAAGUGUAAUUGGGUGUAUUAACUCAAUACAAUACUAACAACCAUUUAAGAUAACAACCCUUGAAUGGAGAACUUGAAUUAGCUACCUCUUUUGGUCCUUAGUUAUAGGGGAGGAGAAUUGACCAGUUUUCUUCCCGCAUAAAUCUUGCAUCAUGCCUUCACACUUAUGUAUAGUGUCUAGAGUCCUAUGGAUCUAACCCCCUGCAGGCAUUUCCCAUGUUUGUCUCAGAUUACUAGUGUCAUUGGGUUUAAGGUCAUUCAAACACUGUUAGUAUGGGUUAUGAAACUACAGUGAUUGUACUUUUACACAAUAUCUUGGUCCGUACAUUAUCUUAUGUAUAGUGUUUACGUAUGUUCCCUUUGAGUGAUCUUACCUAACAUGCAGUAAAUGUCAGUGUGACCUGUUUUGACUUUAUCAGUAAUAAAGGUGGCUAGUUUAUUGAGCUUAUAAAGUACAAUAUUACAAUUAUUAUGCUCCUCUUGAAUUGGGAUCAGAAGAAAUAUUAUAUCAAAAGGGUGCAGUCCUAUUAGCUUCAAAGUUCAGCAUUUAAAGUUAUGUGGACAUAAUUGCCCUUGUGCACAUUAUAAAAUGGCUUACAUACAGUGCAUUCAGAAAGU